GAGUGGUGGGUGUCUGAGGAUUGCCAGUCAGAAGCGCAGCCGUUGUUGUUUUUGGCACCAGUGCCGCAAGGUGGGGAAGCCGGCGGCGAAGGGUUAAUCGGAGCAGCGAGAGGCGGGGAUGAGCCCGGGGACUGGUACAGGGAGUGCGGCCGAAGAUGCAUUAACAUAAGCAGCCGUCCGAUCCGAUCCGGGGGGCCGUCUGUCCUCCAGUCUCAACAAAAGGCGGGCCUUUCCUCUGCAACUGCAUCGACCCCCCACCCGUCCCAGAUUCAUCCUGCCGGCCCGAAGAUCGUUGUUAUCGGGUUGCAUUUGGCCGGCGGCUGUGUUCUGAGCUUGUAUUGCACCGAUCUCGGACAAACCUGCACCAUUUGACCCACCAGCAGGGCGUGUGCGAGCGGAUGGAUGCAGUAGCUGCCUCGCCGCCGUGUGUGUAGAUGGGGGUUGAAUCCACUGAAGUGCAUCGCAGAUAGGUGUAGCCGCCGUUGCAUUUGCGAGGUUGCAAGCUCUUGUUUUGCGCUACGCGUGAGGGUUAAGUUAUAUAACCGAAUGAAUGCGCUACCUCGGUGGAGAGGAGCGAGUGGGCGAUGGUGUUGAGCUUUGCACCGGCAACCUCUCCCCCACCCGAGCGGCGCUCUUCGCUGCACCGUGAGAGGCGAGGAUGGUGGACCCGAAGGGGGACGGGGUCGGGGCUCCGGGAGGAGGAGGUCCGGCGGCGGCGGCGGCGGCGGUGUCCAGCGCCCCGGUGCUGAGGCAGGACUCGCCUCUGCUGCGCUUGGACCUGGACAACUUCAACAGCGCCGAGGCCGAGGGCAGCCGCUACGUGUUGACCAGCCCCAGGUCGCUGGAGGCUUGUGCCCGCUGCGGGGUCAAGCCGGUGGAGCUCCUCCACAGGUCCAUCAACGAGUUCGCCAAGGAAGCCCCGGCCAGGUCCAUGAGGGUGGCCACUGGACUCUACGAGGUGUACGAGAAGGAGAGGCGGAGGAAGCUGAGGGACUGCAGGGAGGAACGGGAAAGGAUUAUCAGGCUGGAGAGGAGGAGGAGUAGUUGUAAUCCGAUCAGAAACAGCCUGCCAUCCUCGCCAGCUCCCAGGACUAAACAAACACCGGCCACUGGCCUGAGCAGGUCGAGGAGCUACUCCAUGGAGUCCUUGCAGAAGAAGAAAAAUAGCCACUCCAAUGUCACCUCGUCUGACUCAGGGGCCUCUUCCUCCUUCAGUGGUGACACUUGCAAAGGCAGGAGCCGGUGGCUGAAGGUAAGUCCCAGAGGAAGGGAGCUGACCGGGAUACCGUCCGCCAUAGGCAAGAGCCUCAGCCUUGGCGACCUCUCCCACUCGCCGCAGACCACCAAGAAGGUGGCCAAGUUGGUGCAGGAGGUGAGGAGGGGAGGUCACGGCGAAGUGUCGGAGCGAGACAGGAAGAUAGCUGCCCUCAUGCUGGCCAGGCACCAGGAGGAGGCCCUGAUGAGUGGCCAGAGCUACAGGGCACACGUGGAGUGGGAGACGCGCAGGAGGAGGGAGGCCAUGCGGAGGGAUGAGGAAGAGAGGGAGAGGCAGAGGGCUCUGCUGCAGUGCCAGAGUAUGUGGGAGUCCAGGCUGGAGGCCCGGAGAGCCAAGAUGUGCCACGAGCAGAAGGAAGCGGCCAGGCUGAGGCUGCAGCAGACCUCGCUGCAGGAGGAGAAGUGGAGGAUGUUGGCGGAGAGCCAGGAGCAGCAACGGAGGGGCAAACUGGAGAACGCCAAGCUGGAAGCCCAGGACAAGAAGAUGCACCAGGAGGAGCAGCUCAGGACCAAGGAGGUGGCAGUGAAGAUGGACCUGGAGCUCAAAGACCAACUGCUGCGUCAGAAGCUAACCCUGGCCAAGCAGAAGAAGUCGGAGAGCGAGGAGAAGCAAGUGCAGGAGAAGAAGAUCGUCAACAUGGUGCAGAGGUUGAAGCAUGACGCUGCCUUGAAGGAGAUUGCCAAGGAGAUGGAGAUGGAGAGGAAGGUUCUGAGGAAGUCCCUUCACCAGAAGCUGACCAAGUCUCAGGAAAACUACGAGCAGCUGAUAGAGAGGAGGAACCGGGAGCUGAAGGAGAGGGCCAUCCGGGAAGAGCUGCAGAUACAGAAGGCGCGGGUGGUAGUGGAGCAGCAGGAGAAGGAGCAUCAGGAGCACCUGGAGAGCCUGGCCCGGGCCGCCGAGAAGAAACUUCAGCACGCCACCCAGGUCGCCCAGGAGAAGAUCACCCAGAUCUCCCGCAAGGCCGUCCAGAUCAGGGUGGAGAAGGAGCGGAUCCACAGGAUCAACAAAACCAAGUUGGAGGAAGAUGAGGUGUACAAGCGGAUGGAGAUACAGCACUCAAUAGCCAAGAAGCUAGAGAAGAGCGAAAGGAUCUUCAGGGAGAGACAGAUUGCACUGGAGAACUCCCGCUCGCUGGCCAGAGCCUCCUUCCAAAUCCGAGAUAAGGUGCGGGGGGAAAUCAACACCAGGACUUUUGACAAGAUGGCACUGGAAGCAGAACUGCAGGCCCACCUGGACAGAAAGUAGGCUGGGCAAGACCACUUUGUGGACUUACUGGAAACUAAUCCGAACAAUGCCUUUUUUUAACAGUUUCUAUUCCAUAAGAUUCAUGAGGCUGCGUGGUGUACCUUGUGCAUAAUGCUUGAUGUUUAAAGGUGUACAGAGUACAACAGAGUAUAUGGUUGCUUUCGUUUACGCUUGCCAUUAA